UCAAACAUUCAAAUCCAUAAUGUUGUAUGUUUUUUAACGGACGCCACCACGAGUCACGACGGUGACGGUCGUUGCUACGAUUUUGGAUUCACGUGAUUUUAAGUCACCACUUGUUUUGGAUCUGAACCCUAACGUUUUGAUCUUUUCGCCGGUUGUCCAAAAAUAAAUACAUUUCGACCGAUUAUUAUAGAUAUUAGACCAUAUUAUAAUUUACACUUUAAUAAAUAAUAAUAGGUAGUCAAUAUUCUCCGCCUACCGAACCAAAUCAAACGAUUAAAAAUACCCAUUUCUACUCAAUUUUUUUUUAUUUGUUUAUCCUUAACUGACAUACUGUUGUCCAUUUGUAGUUAAUGCCUCGAGGUUUCUCUUAUGUUAUUUUUAAUUAUUUGAAUCCUUCAUUUUUUACGCUCACACAUCACUCGGGUCGUUCUACCUAGUACACCAUCUUGUUUCUUGCCUUGUUAUCCAUAACGAAAAAUAACGGUUUUAUUUUCAACGAAUUACUUUAUUCAUUUUAGAAUGUCUCAGUUCACUUUUGUUAAUGAUCUUAAAAGUGCUGUAAGAAUGGACGAGCCAAUCACCAGCGGUCCAGCUCCACGUUGGAUGAAGAAAAGCGUGGAAUCAUCCUCAAGUUUUUUAAACACGUCAAGAAAAACUAAUGAGUUGAUGGCUAUCAAGAAGACUCCAUCAAAAACACCUAAUAGAUCAAAAUCACCAGCUUCAAGAUCAGCAUCAAACACACCAGCUAAACCUAAAACACCUGGUGGAGACAGAUUUAUUCCUUCCAGAAUGUCUACAAAUUUUGACAUAAGUAAUUUUAAAAUGAACCAAGAAAAUGAAAACCUUGACUUAAGUCCGACUCAAUCAGACUACAGAAAAGCUAUGUCCGAGAAUCUCCAUGGUUGUGAUAUAAAUAAUGUCCGUGUUCUAUCCUAUCAAAACAAAGCACCGGCUCCUCCAGAUGGUUAUCAAAAUGCUUUAAAAGUAGUUUAUAGUCAAUCCAAGACUCCCAUGAAUAUACGAGGAGCAACUCGUUAUAUACCACAUGCACCGGACCGUAUUUUGGAUGCUCCUGAAAUUGUUGACGACUAUUACCUAAAUUUAAUUGACUGGAGCUUUUCCAACAUAUUGGCCGUCGCCUUAGGCACUAGUGUAUAUCUUUGGAAUGCUGACACGGGGUCCAUUGAUCAACUGUUAGAUUUAGAAGGUGCAGACUAUGUCACUUCUCUAAGUUGGGUACCCAAUGGAAAUCUUUUGAGUGUUGGAACUGCUUUAGGACCUGUACAAUUAUGGGACGCAUCACAGACAAAGCGGCUGCGUAUAAUGAACAGUCACAGUUCAAGAGUAGGUGCAAUGUCUUGGAACAGUCAUAUACUAACUACAGGUUGCAGAAAUGGAGAACUUGUUCAUAAUGAUGUUAGACAGAAGGAACAUGUUGUUGGUACAAUUCAAUCCCACACUCAAGAAGUUUGUGGUCUUAAAUGGUCAACUGACGGUCGUUAUCUAGCUAGUGGAGGCAAUGAUAAUCUGCUGAACGUGUACAGCGGCCUACCAGGCCAAACAACUUACCAGUCUGAACCAAUAUACAGUUUCAGUCAACAUCAAGCUGCCGUUAAAGCAUUAGACUGGUGUCCGUGGCAAACCAAUGUACUAGCUAGUGGUGGCGGUACAGCUGACCGAACUAUCAGAUUUUGGAAUUGCAAUAACGGUCAGUGUAUCAAUUCAGUCAAUGCUAACUCACAGGUGUGUGCUAUUCUAUGGUCUAAAACUUAUAGAGAAUUGGUAUCGGCUCACGGUUUUGCAAACAACCAGCUCACAAUUUGGAAGUAUCCUUCGCUAACCAAGGUUGCUGAGCUCACUGGACAUACAAAUCGUAUUCUGAAUUUGGCUAUGUCACCAGAUGGUUCCACAGUACUUUCAGCUGGUGCAGAUGAGACCCUGCGAAUGUGGAAGUGCUUUUUGCCAGAUCCAAACAAGAAAAAAGAACAGGAGAAGCGCUCUUUUAGACCCACUAUAUUGGGUCCAGGCCUAAGAUAAAUAUUUUGUUUUAUUCUUUCAUUUUUGUUGAUUAAAUUUAUAUUCAAUAUUUCUGUCAACUUUUUACUUGCGCAAUUUAAGCUUUUAAUUUAAUUUAUACAAAAAUUUUACUCAUCCUUUUACUCGCAUAGUGUACAUACAUAAACAGAUUUUUUAUAACUAUUGUCUUUUUUAUAUAUUUUCUUAAACAAGUAAAUUUAUGUUAAGAUCAAAUGUAUUCUCAGAAUUAGUGCAUAAAUUGACUACAAACAUUAAUAUACUAAUACAUUGUAUAUCAUAACUUUAAUUACUUAUAAUAAUAAACAAGUCUUUGGCUACUUUA